AUGGCAACCAUUAUAGAGCAAUAUCCUGAAGAUCAUCCAAACAUCAGGCAUAUAUACAAUUGUAGAAGUGACAUCAGAAUGAAGGAUUCUGAAGGAAGAGGAGUGGUUCAACAAUUUCUACAUUUGGCUAGAGAGAGUCACUACAUUUAUUGGGUUAUGGUUGAUGACAUCGGUGUUUUACAGCAUGCAUUCAUGGUGCAUCCGAUCACGUGCAACUUGUUACGCACAUAUCCGUACGUGAUUGGUAUGGACUUUACAUACAAGACAAACAGAUACGGCAUGCCAUUUUUUGAGAUAGUUGGGGUUACACCGACCAAUCAGAAUUUCCUUGUUGGAUAUGUGUUCAUGAGAAACGAGACACAAGCUAGUUAUCGAUGGGUGCUUCAGAGAUUGAGGGAUUUGAUCGGAUACCAACGGGAGCCAUCAGUGUUCUUAACUGACCGUGAGCUUGGACUUUGUGUAGCAUUUCCGAGUUUCCUCACACUACGCAUUUACUUUGUAGGUGGCAUAUUAAUAAGGAUGUCGAAGCUUAUGUGA